GAAGAGUUGAAGUAUUCAGUCUACAGUGUUUUUUGAGUCCGCGAAAAGCAAAUGUAGCGCAAUACAGGCGUCGGCAGAGAGUGGCGCAUCAUCGAGCGACGGCUCAGGCCUCCGUGCCUGUUGGGGCUCUAGCGAAAGCAUAGCUAAACUUCAUCACGUGCAUUUUGUCAGUAGAGGGCUUUUGGCGUGCCUGUUGUUUGAUCAUCAUUAUCACCAAAUAAGGAACCGGUCCAGGAUCAAACUUGCCAGAAUGAAUGUGAUGACUAGUAAGCGCGGCGAACGGUUGAUGGUAUUCCUCAAACAUGGCUAGAAAUGCUUCCCUCUUCAGCGGCUUUGAAAGAGAUUCAAAAUACCCACCCUAUUUGGAAGGUCAGAAGGGAUCGGAGGAAAGAUGUUUAAAACUAUUAAGGAAGCCCUUGGUAUUACCUACCUCAGGGGUACAGGCCAAGGAGGUGGGGGAUGUAUUAGCGAGGGAGAAAUAUACAACACAGAUAAAGGGCAAAUAUUUUUGAAAAGGAAUGCAGAUCCAGUGGCUCGACAAAUGUUUGACGGGGAACUUGAAGGCCUGAAAGCCAUAAUUGCGACUGGAACUGUAAGAGCUCCUGAGCCUCAUUUAGUGAUAGAUAACCCACAUGGAGGUGCUGUUCUUGUCAUGGAGAGCCUCGAUAUGAAGGACAUUAAAAAUCACUCAGCUGCUUUAGGGGAGCAAGUGGCCAGAAUGCACCUGCAUAAUCUAGAAGAAAUUAAGAAAUAUCACAGUUGUAAUACUCGUGUUGGUCAAAAUCGGAAUUGUGAAGCAAUUAUGCAGUUUGGGUUCCCUGUUACUACUUGUUGUGGGUUUAUACCACAAGACAACACCUGGUGUGAUGAUUGGUUGGUGUUUUUUUCAAGAAAGCUUCAGUUGCAGUUCACCCUAAUAGAAAAAGAGUUUGGCAAUCGUGAAGUAAGAGAGCUCUGGUCGUUUCUACAACUGAAACUUCCACAGUUUUUCAAGGAUGCAGAAGUAAAGCCAUCUUUAUGUCAUGGUGACCUUUGGAGUGGUAAUGUGGCUGAGACUACCGAUUGUCCAGUGAUUUUUGAUCCUUCUGCAUUCUAUGGCCAUUUUGAAUUUGACUUAACAAUUGCAAAAUUGCACGGAGGUUUUGAUAAGCAGUUCUGGGAAAGUUACUACAAUGUACUUCCAAGAGCCAAAGGAUGGAAUAAGAGAUACAAAGUGUACAAGCUCUUUGGCCUGUUGCUUGAAUGGAAUCAUUUUGGGAAUAUAAACCGUGCUGCAGCAGUCCACUUGAUGAGGGAUUUGUGUUGGUAGUGUUCAUUCUUCUUGAGAUGAUCCAUGAUGAAGAAUAGAUUUUUCAUGACCUGAAAGAGGGUUGGGAUCAGCACAUUAUCUCAUCUGGUCUUCUGUAGACAUGGCAAAGGUGAGGCAAGAAGAAUUUUAGCCCACUUAUUCAAGGAGUUGCAGCCAGUUCAGGAUGUAAGUCUCAAUACCUUCCAUGCUUUGUUUUCAGAUGAUUUCCAUCACCCAGGUAUGUCUCACACUUCUGCUAUAUUACCACCACUAGUUUGAAUACAGUUUUAUGGAAAAAAAUUGAGCCCUAGUGACAAACUGACAUGCUGUAUUGGUGAUAGUGAUGUGAUCACAAUACAUACAUGUUUAGAAACAAACAUCUGCUCUUGAACUAUAUUGGCUAACAACUAAAACUAGCAUUGCUGUAUAUGAAUAUAUAGUAUUAAUCUACGUAAAUGUUGAUGAUAAAUUCAACUUUUUUUGUAGCACUAUAUUCUGCUUUGUGUUUGUCUGUAACCAAAUUUAAUUAGUUUUAAAAGUUGUUAGGGUGUGGUCCUUAUAGGGCCACACCCCAGCAGACCAAGACCAGACCUUGUGGGGGGCAAACUGAGUCUUAGGGGGUAUAACUGCUCCCCCAAAUUGAUGCCCCUGGAUCAUAGUCUCAACCAACUGCCAAGAGAAUUUUCUGGAUGACAUGUCUUUGUGCCUUUCACAUCUCUACUUCUGAAGGGGCAAAUAUUCAGGGGGUAGAUGCCUGUGCAGGUCAGCCCCAUUUGUCAGUUGACUAAGCUUUAAACAACAGUAACUUCCACAACGUGACAGUGAGAUCAGGGAAACUUCAAAUUGACCUGUCCACAUCCUCAGCCAGUGCCAGAAUCAGGAUAUUUUUGUCCGACUAGAAGAAUACACCAGAGGGAUGUUUAUAUGCCUUCCUGGUGGACUGGAACAGGUGGCUGUACAUUUACAUGUUUCCUCUUCUUGUGACUUCAUUAUGUACUGAUCAUCAGCCACGUGAGACAAUUAUAUGGAUGUGUUGUAAUAGCUCCAUUGUGGGUAGUGCAGUCUUGAGUAUAUACCCACUUCUGUUGGUGCCCUUAUUCUUUUCCUCAGUUGAAGAAUGCUCUUCAGGAAGCCUCUAUGGAUUGCUUCAUGACAUCCUUGAGUUCACACACUUGGAGCUUCUCUCCAGCUUAAUUCAAUUGAAGUCUGGUUGAAGCUAAAAUAGAAAAGGUACAAAGUUAAUACUGAAGUGAAGAAUGUGCUCCAUUUCUCCCAUGGCUUUAAUUUAAUUCAAUUUGUACAUUUUUACUGGUGUUCACUUGCCCCUCCAACUGUCUGUAUUCAUAUCACUGGUCAAUUUGCUAUGUCAUCUGACAUCUCUCAGGGUGAGUCACGUCUCCUUCAUGGUCAUUGCACAGUGUCCUUAGUUUCUUCUUUUCAUGUUAUGCCAUUGAACCAACUUCCCUGAACUCUCUGUACAGCAGGGCUGUGGAGUCGGUAC